GCCAUACUUGUGUCAAAGAUACUGCACCCAAAUAUAUGUACAGUACUGUGGAGGCGUCUCCGCCAUGUUUGAAUGUAAAUACGUGUUGGGUUAACCGAAACGUUUCUGAAUUACGGUUUACUGUAUUGACCCCCCCCCCUCUCCCCCACGAGACAGGCCGGUAUGGAUGAGGAGAAGCGGAUCAGUGAAAGACGACAGAGGAACAGAAUAGCUGCAACGAAAUGUCGAAACAAGAAGAAAGAUAGAAUGGAGUUUUUAAUGAAGGAAAUAAGAAGACUGACCGAAAUGAAUGGAGAACUUCAGGAACAAGUCCGAAGACUGCGAGGUGAAGAGGAACAAUUGCAGAUCAUUUGGAAUUUUCAUGUUAUAGAGUGUCGAAAACAUAUACAGGAUGGUCCUGUGAACUUAUCGGUUCGUCGCAACGCCGACGUCCUAUAGCUCAUGACAGAGUGGGUUAAAAUUGAUUUGACGACGCCCUCACUGUUGGUGGCGGUGGCAGGAGAAUGUCGAGGAACCGCUACGAUAUUAUUGGAUUAGUCUGCAGCGCUUAUGUGCCGAGUUCAAGUUUGCGAUAACACUGUGCAAGGAAUAUUGCGCAUGAAUCUGUUUAAAAUACGGUGUAGGCAUAGGUUACAUUUAUUUUAUCUAUUUUUUUUAUAAUUUUUGUUUUUUGCCACUUUUCCAGCUUUUCGAAUCACACUUCAGUCACAACCAAAAGAUAUGCGCGUCGAUAGACAUAUAAAACCAUAGACCUUAUCUUUUUCUAAGGUCUAUGAUAAAACAGAGUUAUUCAGAAAAUACAAUGGAAAACAGAAGACAGAUUAAGACGGUGUAAUCAAUGCCAUCGAAUGAUUCCAUGGUGCACCCUAAGAUUGGCAGCCUUCUUACGUUACAAAUCACCUACUUUUUACUGGUGUACCUAACAUAACUCUAAUCUAAUAUGUAACUUGCCAGUCACAAUUUCACCACGAAAACUAGUUUUAGAUUUUAUAUUAUGUUAUUUUAUGAGUUUAUUUUAAUCAAGAGUAUUUUAUGGAGCCGGGGUGGUGUAUAAAGUGUCCACUGUUGAUGAUGGUUUAGAUCAAUGGGAUAGUCUAUAUAGAUACAACCAAGUUGAUAUAUUUUAUAAUUACAACCAAGUUGUAUUUUUUUUUACUCAAAUAAUAUGGAAAUUCUUAAAUGCAAGUGUGAUUUAUUCAAGGUUUAUCAGUGCCUUGUGAUAUGAAGUAUAUUUUGAGAGGACAUGGUCACGUGACUGCGCCUCAUUGACAAAUAUAUCACCAUGGCGUUAUUAAAUGUCAUGCAGCAGUCACGUGUGAUUUCCGGUGCUAUACCAAUAUAAAAGUACAACGCGGAACCCGUGCUAUAGUAUUUCGCAGAGAAUCAAAUAGCUAUCGAUAAUUAAUUCCAAAAAUAUCUCGUAGUUACAUUCAUAUCUCUACCACACUAGUGUUCUGCAUACGUAGUAUAGGUUAGUGCAGCUUUGUAUGUUUAUGAAUCGUAACUGAAAUAAACACCAUUUAGAAAUAUACCAUUUAUUCUUUUAUAAUUGGCCGAUGGUUGAAAGCAUUGUCGUUCAAAUUGGAAGCUUGUUUGUUUGUGUAGUCGUU